GGCCUCCCGCCUUCAAGGAGGGGGAACCGGGCCCGGGGGAGGGCGGAGAGUCCGGGCUGCGGAAUGUGACAAAGUGAAGGAAGGGACUGAGACCGGAGCUGCUGGGUGGUGAAAGGCGCCGUCUUUUUUUUCGGCUUCAGUGGUUCUUUCUGUCCAUACGCCGGAGCUUCUUCUCCUUAGUAACUUUUUAAAAAGCCAGAUUGCUUACAUUUCAACAAAGAUUGAAUGUCCAUCUUACACCGGGCUGUGCUCCACUCUGGGGACAGAGCAGCGUAGGAAAACUUCGAUAUGCCAACAACAGCAAUUACAAAAAUGACGUCAUGAUCAGAAAAGAGGCAUAUGUACAUAAAAGUGUAAUGGAAGAAUUAAAGAGAAUUAUUGAUGACAGCGAAAUCACCAAAGAAGAUGAUGCUCUGUGGCCCCCUCCUGACCGAGUAGGCCGGCAAGAGCUUGAAAUCGUCAUUGGUGAUGAACACAUUUCUUUUACAACAUCAAAAAUUGGUUCCCUUAUUGAUGUCAACCAGUCUAAGGAUCCAGAAGGCUUACGAGUGUUUUAUUAUCUUGUCCAGGACCUGAAGUGUUUAGUCUUUAGUCUUAUUGGAUUACACUUCAAGAUUAAACCAAUCUAGAUUGGAUAUUGUGGACAUGAGGGGGGUGGGAGUUUUUGGUUACCAUAAUUAGGAAUUUUUUCUGUAUAUUGGGGCAAUUUUUAUAAACAGUAAAUGAUGGUCUUUAAUAAAUUGAUAACAUCUA